AUGGCGAAUCGCAAGCAGGCAGAUCUUUUUGACCAACUCCUUCAGGAGGAUCGCAGGAAGGCGAAUCUGGAGAAACUGGCACAAGAGAUGCUCGGGAAGAAGGGCAGAGCCAGCGCGCCACCUAGUGGACCAAAAGGAGGCCUAGGCGCGAGCCUGGCCAGCAGAAUCGGCGUAACCAAGCGCGCACCCUCCAUUCCUCGCUCGACCACCCCACGUCAGAAUGCGCGCUCGUCAGCCCACACCCGACCCGCGCCGCACGACAAAGCCCGCCCUCGUCUCGCACACACACAAUCCGCCGCCGAGACAGUUCGCGAGAAGAGGAGCAAUGGGUACGAGCAGGACAUCGACGGCGGGGUAGAGCUCAACAUUAAGGGUGCAGCAUCUGGUCCAUUCCUCGUCGUGGCACAGAACUUUGCCCCCGGCACCACCGCAGACGACAUUGAGAGUGUCAUGCUGAGUGUCGGCGGGCCGAUGACGGCAUGUAGGCUUGUUGCUUCCAACCCUACUGUCAUCGCCGAGAUGAGCUUCGUGGAGAAGAGCGGAGCGGAGAAAGUGAUCGAUACGUUCAACGGAAAGAAGGCCGAUGGUCGCCCCCUCUACGUCUACUGGAAAGGCAACAGCGGUGUGUCGAGUGCACCUCGUGACGAACCCCGCCCGGUCGAGCCCGAAGUCCCUGCUGUGGAGGCAGAAGGCGACUUCGAAGACGUGGUCAUGCAAGUCGAUUCCAACACGCAGUCUCGCGAAGCUGAGAACCGCGCUCGCGAGGAACGCAGAGCUCCUCAAGACGACCGCGCACCGCGUGCCAACUUCCCGACUGGUCCCAGAGGUUAUCAAGGCGGGGGAGAGAGGUACGAGGACCGGCGGCCCAGGCAACCCGACUCGGGUUACGAAGAUCCACGGUAUGCGUACGGCGGUGGCGGAGGAUGGCAUGGCGGGCCACCGCAUGGCCGCUAUGGUGACCGCCGGUACCGUGGUGGACAGAACUGGAGGCGUUGA